AUGACUGACGCAGGUUUUUUUAAGGGAACUAGUGCAGAACAAGAUGCUAGGUUCGCAGACAAAAAGAAAAAGCUGAUGAAGACGAUGAAGUUUGGGGAGAAUCUCUCACAAAAAGUUGACAUGUCAAAGAUUAAUCUUGAGUCUAUAAGACCUUGGAUUGUUAAGCGCAUCACUGAACUCCUUAAUUUUGAGGAUGAAGUAGUGUGCGAUUAUAUUUUCAACCAGCUGGAGGAUCUUCAUCCAGAUCCCAAGGAAAUCCAGAUCAAUAUAACAGGAUUUCUAAAUGGCAAAAAUGCUAGGAUAUUUUUGUCGGAAUUAUGGGAUCUUUUGUUAUCAGCUAUGCAGACACCAGAUGGCGUUCCAGCAGCGUUUCUUGAAGCAAAGAAAGAGGAGAUAGCAAAGCGUCAGGAAGAAGAAAAGCAAGUUCAACAUGAAAUGAAACGUAGAGAGGAUGAGUUAAUUGUAAGAGGAACAAAUCGAUUAGUAAAUCCACCGCCUAUGGAACAAACAGAUAGUCAACUGCGUAUUCCACCUACAAAAAGUAAUGGAAUGUCAGAAGCUGCAGAAUUGAAAGUUUCUUCUACUCGUAAUCGUUCUGUUUCACGUACAUCAUCUCCGUCGUCGCCUCGUUCACGUGUACCUGCUAAAGAAAGUCGUGAAAAGCCUGAUAAGAAAACCAGUCGAUCUCGUCGAGAUGACAGUAGUUCUUCGCGUUCACCAGAACCAUCACGUCACCGUCGGCGCCGUCAUCAUUCAUCAUCUGAUCGGUCUUCUAUUGAAAAGGAUCGGCAUUCACGUUCACGUCACCGACAUCGGCGUUCCAGGUCACGGAGUAAAGUAGAACAGAAACCAAAAUCACCUGUCGGUGACUGGAGGAAAGAUCUUAUGGCUGGUCGACGUCGUAGUCCUCCAGAAAUGCCUGAAAGUAGUUAUUAUGGAAACGAAAAACACUCUAAAAGUCAUAAACACUCCAAAAAGCACGAGAAACGAAAACGUUCGCGCAAGUCGCAUCAUAAGUCUCCAGAUGAUCAUCGAUCUCACAGACAUGGUUACGAUGGGGAUACUCGGACUCAUGGUAUACCAGAAACAGAUGAAAGAGAUGUACGUUCAGGUUAUUUAGAACAUUCAAGAAAAGAUGGUUUUGAUGAAAAUUAUAGGAGAUAUGAGGGUCCAGACCCACCUGAUCACUAUGACUAUCGUUCCUCUGGUGGUAGACACAUGCAUGAUUCUGGGUCACACAAUCAUAACAUCAGUCCACGAUCAAGUCGUACACGUCUUAGAGAAUCAGAACGAUCUGUCAGAGAUUAUAAUCGACAUCGCAUACAAGAGGAAGAUGAUGCUAAUACAUAUGUCAGACGUCAUCAGGCUGAAAAAAGGGAAAUAUCACCAAUGCGAAGCAGUAAUACAUCUUUGGCAAAACGUCAAGAAAAUCGUCUUCCAAGUCCGGAGGGUCCUUCAUUGCCACCAGUUGUUUCAAAGCGACCAGCAGAUGUAAAAGUCGUCGAAAGCGUCGUUACCAAGCGUUCAAAACGAAAGGUGUCCGAGUCUUCUUCAAGUAGUUCGUCAAGUUCUACUACCGGCAGUAGCAGCAGCAGUUCUAGCAGUAGUGGGAGUUCCAGUGGCGGUGAUGGCAGCAGCGGCAGUGGAAGCAGUAGUGACGACAGUGAUGAUGAUGAUGAUGGUGAAGCUCCUCAAGCUAAGAUUGAACAACCACCACCAAAAGUCAAAAUUCCAACCAGGGAACCCACUCCUGAAGGUCCUGCCUUACCACCGGAGCUGGUGUGUCCAACUCAACCUGAAGGUCCUGAUCUCCCUCCAACCGUUGAACAAACUAUGGAGUGGUCAGAAAACCCAGUUCAUCCUGGAUCGUCGUCGCCAAGUUCAGCGUCUUCAGGAUCCUCCAGUGAUGAUGAUGAGAAUAAUGAGGGAUCCGGAUCAAGUUCUAGUGGCAGUAGUGAUGAUAGUAGUUCGGAUAGUAGUUCUAGUAGUAGCCGUAGUAGUAGUAAUAGUAGUAGUGAAAGUGACGAUGAUGAUGAGCCCAGUCAGAAACGUGUCAAGUCUAAAAAGAAUGGCAAACAGCAUGCUAAAACUCAUGAAAAAAAUCACUUGUCUCCAGAGGGUCCUGCUCUACCUCCUAGUAUUCCUAGCUCUAAUAAUAAGAAAAUGGAACGUCGUGAAUCAGUUGAAGAAGUUCUACGUCAACGUGCUCUAG